AUGACCACAACAUCAACUUAUCCUACAUUUUGUACCCCCGAUGAUACUGCUAGCAUAUGGAUGUGUCAGACCGACGAUUCUACGCCAGAUAGUGUUGCUACUCUCAAAUUUACAGAGAAUAGUUCGUUUGAACAGCAUGUUUCAACCACGGCAAUGCCCAAAUUGCGAAUUGUCUCAAUCAACUCCAAGUCAUCUACCAAACCUCUCCAAAUUUCGAAGUGUGCUCUUCAAGCACUUAUGGAUUGCUAUGAGAUCGGCGAUGACUUAUGGGACUUGACGUCAACCUUUGGAGACAAACCCAUGAGCUUCUCAGUAGGAGAAGGGGCAAUGAAAAUUCAAAAUCGUGAUAAUGCUAUACAAGCUGGACUUCGGCAUUGGACCAUGCGCCAAAUAGCUGUUUUUCAUCAUCAUGAUCCUCAUAGCCUGAAAAAUCUCUGGAUUUUUUUUCACGUCGGGGCUAACACUCCAAUGCAAAAGGAACUCGAGAGAUAUGCGUCAGAGAACCAGCAAGGACUGAGCUCAGAUCAUACCUGGUUUUCAAUGCAUUCUGGUGCCCUAUCUUCUUGUUUGAAGAACUGGCACGAGUAUAUUCACUAUCUCGGCCGGGACGUGGAUGGCCAUACUGAUAAGUCUCUUGACUUUGUCAUGAGGAAUAUCGAUCAUGUUCUUACCGCCGGAGGUGACAGCAACUUGACGGCUAUUCACUAUACCCGCGAUCGUUUGCUACCCACUACACACAGAAUUGGAGUAAUAUUGGAAACUCUCACGACACUUGGAAAAUUAAGCCACGCGCUGGACUCGAGUCAAAGUGGCAGACAGAAUGGUUAUCUCAAACUUGCCAAUUUCUUGGCGUACCAUCAAAGACGUCUCGAGGGGCUUGUUGUUGGGAUAGAGGUUCUGAAAGAAGCAGUCAAGGAUACGUGGCAUAUCACGACUAUAGGGCUGGACUAUACGAUGACUAGCCAAAUGCUGAAUCUCAACAACCGAAUGGUCGAGUUGAACAAUCGCAUGCUGUAUUCCAAUGAACAGUUGCUUCGGCUCGGGACAAGAAACUUUGACGACAAUGCAACAGUCAAGGUGGUUACCAUCUUGACGCUGAUAUAUUUACCUGCGAGCUUGGUAUCAUCUGUUUUCGGUAUGAAUUUGUUCAAGUUCGACGACGGAACCACCGAAGAACUGAGAAUAUCCAAGCAGUUUUGGAUAUUUGUUGUUGCCACAAUCAUCUUAGCAGCCAUUACCAUAACCAUAUGGUAUCUAUGGACCCACAAAGAGCGGAUCACACGGCAGAUGUCUCACGACAAAAAAGACGAGAGAUCAAAAGAUACCGAGAGAGAUAUCUAG